GACGGUCAGGUGUGGUGGUGCAGAGGUGGGGCUGAAGUACAGCUAGAUUACAGAGGGGUUGUAAAAGUACUGCGAAAUACCCUCCACACCCUCCUCCGGCUGCCUCCGAGUCUGUUACAGAUAAAACCAAACCAUGGACCCCGAAUACUUCACCUCCUAUAAUAUGUGUUGGGGAACGUUGGGAACCGUUCGACCUUUUCCCGGUUUCCAUGCCGACCGAGAUGCGAUGGAGAUCCGAGAAGCUCUGGAGAGCAAAAACGUAGUGACUCUGCUGAGAAUCCUGACCAACCGGACCAACGCCCAGCGGCAGGAGAUCGUGAAGACCUUUGAAGAACAAACCCAUAAGGACCUUGCGGCGGCUCUGAAGAAAUGUUUAUCUGGAGAUGUGGAGGUUCUUUUGCUGGAGCUUCUGAUGCCUCCUGUUCAGUACGAAGCUUAUCGGCUGCAGCAGGCCAUGGCCGGUUUAGGUACAGACGAGGAAACUCUGAUGGAGAUUCUGUGCACCAGAUCUGGACCUCGGCUUCAGGAAAUCAGAGCCACAUAUAAACAAUUGUAUAAGAAAGAUCUGGAGAAGGAGCUGAAAGGAGAAACCAGUGGAGACUUUGCUAAACUCAUUCUGGCUUUACUAAAUAAAAGCGACACUGCUGGUGGUGUUCAAAGAGAUAUUGAGUCUCUGUCUGCGUCUCUAAGUGGGAAAAAAGCCGAUGCCGGACCGUGGAUCAACAUUCUGACCUCCAGAGACUUGGAUCAUCUCAACAAAGUUCUGACGGGACUGGAGCUGAAGAACGGACAGACGAUCAAUCAAACUGUGGAGAAACACUUCUCUGGAGACUUCCGACUGGGUUUGAGUGUAUUAGUUCAGUGCAUUCAAAGCUCCGAUGUUUACCUCGCCAAAAGACUGGCCUCCAUGAAGCCGUCCUUUGUUCACGGCAUCAUGGUUUCUCACAGCGAGGAGGAUCUGCUCUGCAUCCGGGCAGCCUUCGUUAAACUAACAGGAACUUCUCUGUACUCGGCUCUGCAGAAACAGUUCAAAGGAGAUCAUCUACAGGCGCUGCUGGCCGUCUGUCGGUCCGAAGAUUAAACCAGAAUCAAACAGUCUGCCUUUAUGCAAAAACAAACUUUAUGAUAACUUCCUGCUUUCACAUUUUAUUAGAUCAACACGAAUGGCAUCUUUUACAUUUAUUUACUUAUACAAAUACAUAAAAUCUAACAAAAUAAGUUGUGUUGAGUGCAGUUCAUGAAAAGGCGAUUAAUAAUUUAUACUGCAAAUAAAUGUAGUAUAUGUUUUACAAGUAAACCAGGGAGGGAACACUGGCACAAUUUGUUAGAUAAUCUCAUCACAAUAUUACCUUCACUAUAAAGUCUUGUGUUUUUAACCCUCCUAUUAUCUUUGGGCUCAAUUUGAUCCCACUCAAUAUUUAACGUCUCUAAAUAAAUGAUCAUUCUUUUCAAUUCAUAA